AUGCUUGAUUCAAUAGCUCUUGAGUCUGCCAUAUUUAACUUCCAGAGCCUGCUGACAGUGAUCCUAUUGCUCAGCUGUACCUGUGCCUAUCUCAGAGCCAUGGCACCCAGUCUCCUGGACAAGAACAAGACCGGCCUCUUGGGUAUCUUCUGGAAAUGUGCUAGAAUAGGUGAGAGGAAGAGUCCGUACGUGGCGGUUUGUUGUGUCAUCAUGGCCCUCUCCAUCCUCUUCUCCAGGUGGCCAUUUCACAGUUUAGCCUCAAUCAGUUGUUAA